CUGCUCAUAAAUUCAGCAGAGGUCCAAUGUUAGGGACAGUAAUGACGGAAAGCAAAGCAACUGAAAAGAACGACAAAUAACAACAUUGGAUCUUCUUCUUCCUCUCCUCUCUCUACCUCUACGCCCAUCUCUUUCCCAUUUUUCUCUCCCUUCCUCCUCUUCCAACUCACACAUAAUCAAAGUCAGCGCUUCCUCUCCCUCUUCCCAAUUCCGAUUACCAAUAUUUCUGCUACUCCACGAUAAUCCGAAACAACCCCAUUUUCAUUUCCAUUUCCAUGGAUUCCUAACGAAACGCCCAAUCCUCAAUUCGAACAAGAUUCUCUACUCUGCCCUGCCCUGCUUCUUCACUAACUCCGAACUGCCCCUCAUUUCUCUAUGGCUGGUCGUAAGGACAAAGCUCAAUCAACUCGCGUCUCUCGAGUUCUCAUCGCCAUCGUAAUCGGUGUUCUUCUUGGCUGUUUUUUUGCUUUCUUCUAUCCUCAUGGUCUUUUCGCCUCUGAUCUGCCUAUCCAGAACCGUCGACUCGGGAAAUCCGAGUUUCAGGUUCAGUCUUCUUCCCCCUGUGAAUCUUCAGACCGGUCCAAGAACCUUAAAGCCAAUGUCGUUUCAAUGUUAGAAAAGAACUCCCUGUUGGAGAAGCAUAUCAAGGAUCUUACAAGGGAGCUGAAGAUAGUAGAACAAUUAAAAGAUCAUGCUCAGAAACAAUAUCUGGCGCUUGGUGAAAAUCACAAAGCUGGUCCAUUUGGUACUGUCAAAGGUCUUAGAACCAAUCCGACUGUUAUCCCCGAUGAUGCUGUGAAUCCUCGAUUGGCAAAGCUCCUAGAGAAAGUUGCUAUUCAGAAAGAGCUGAUUGUGACACUUGCAAAUUCUAAUGUAAAACCCGUGUUAGAGGUUUGGUUUACCAGCAUUCAAAAGGUCGGUAUACGCAAUUAUUUAGUCGUGGCUCUGGACCACCAGACCGAAGAAUUCUGCAUCUCCCGUGAUGUUCCUGUCUACAAGAGAGAUCCAGACAAUAGCAUCGAUUCGGUUGGAAAGCAAGGAGGCAACCAUCAAGUCUCUGCAUUGAAGUUUCGCAUUCUGAGGGAGUUCUUGCAACUUGGAUACAGUGUUCUUCUCUCAGACGUCGAUAUAGUCUACUUGCAGAACCCUUUCAAUCAUCUUUACCGGGAUUCGGAUGUGGAGUCGAUGAGUGAUGGUCAUAACAAUAUGACAGCUUAUGGAUACAACGAUGUAUUUGAUGAACCUGCCAUGGGUUGGGCUAGAUAUGCCCACACUAUGAGAAUAUGGGUUUACAACUCUGGUUUCUUCUUCAUUAGGCCUACACUUCCUUCAUUGGAGCUUUUGGAUCGCGUCGCUACUCGGCUUUCUCAAGAACAGGCAUGGGACCAAGACGUUUUCAAUGAGGAACUCUUUUACCCUUCUCGUCCUGGACGUGAUGGGCUUCAUGCCUCCAAGAGAACCAUGGACAUGUAUCUCUUCAUGAACAGUAAAGUACUGUUCAAGACUGUUCGAAAGGAUCCAAAAUUGAGACAGUUGAAACCUGUCAUUGUUCAUAUAAAUUACCAUCCUGACAAGUAUCCUAGAAUGAAGGCUGUUGUCGAGUUCUAUGUCAACGGUAAGCAAAAUGCUCUGGAUCCUUUCCCAGAUGGUUCUGAAUGAUGGAAAACACCCUUCCAGCCACGUUAUUACAGAGAACAAUUGUACAAGGAAGAUACAUUUUGAUAAUCUCUAAAGAAAAACACAUCAAAACAUUCACUGUUCUUUCCUUUUCCAAGGUUUUUGUCAAUUUACUUUUGUAAGAACAUAUGUAAUGAUAUAGCUGAAAUUGAUAAACUUUAUGAUCUGCAAGAGGAAAUUUUCCUUCACUUCUUA